UAUAUUAGACAUAACCCAUUACUGACAGACAGCAUGAGUUUUCACGUGUGAGGGGAUUUAUAAUUAUUUCAACGCUAAGAAACAUAUAAAAAGCUACGUAAUGAAAGUAAAGGUUCUUUGUAGGAAUCCUGACAAUUAUUUGAGGGAAACAAAGAAAGAUAUACACAAAGUUCCAAGAAACUAUGAUCCUAGUCUUCAUCCAUUUGAAGCCCCGCGAGAAUAUAUAAGAGCAUUGAAUGCUACAAAGCUUGAGCGUGUGUUUGCUAAACCAUUUAUUGGUUCACUUGAUGGUCAUAGAGAUGGUGUACACAGUCUAGCCAAACAUCCUACAAGAUUGUCCUUAUUAUUGUCUGGGGCAUGUGAUGGUGAGAUACGAGCUUGGGAUCUCGCUAGAAGACAGUGUGUGUCCCAUGUACAGGCACAUGAUGGUUUUGUUAAUGGUUUAUGUUCAAUACCAGAUGGCACAGGAUUUAUGUCUUGUGGUACAGACAAAACUGUGAAGCAGUGGUCAUUGGGUGAAGAUGGAAUAAUGAGUCAUGAACCAGUCAGUACACUUUUAGGAAAGACAGUAUUUGAACAGAUUGAUCACAGUUAUGGCAAUAAUACAUUCGCUACAUGCGGUCAGCAGGUGGACAUAUGGGAGAGUGACCGCGCCGAGCCAGUCAGGUCAUUUACCUGGGGUGUAGAUAGUGUACAUGCUGUAAAAUUUAACCCUAUUGAGACAAAUUUACUGGCAGGAUGUGCAGCUGAUAGAAGUAUACUGUUAUAUGAUAUGAGAGGGUCAGCACCACUUAGAAAGGUGAUAUUAAAGCUAAAGUCAAAUGCAUUGGCUUGGAAUCCAAUGGAAGCAUUUGUAUUUACCGUUGCCAAUGAGGACUAUAAUCUGUAUUCAUUUGACAUCAGGAAGUUGAGUAUGCCUUUAACCAUCCAUAAAGACCACGUGUCUGCAGUUAUGGACCUUGACUACUCACCUACAGGGACAGAAUUUGUGUCAGGAAGUUUUGAUAAAACUGUACGAAUAUUUUCAUGUGGUCAACAGAGAAGCAGGGAGGUUUAUCAUACAAAAAGAAUGCAGCGGGUCUCUGUAGUCAGAUGGUCACUAGAUAAUAAAUAUAUCUUGUCAGGUUCCAUGGAAAUGAACAUCAGAGUAUGGAAGGCUCGAGCUUCUGAAAAAAUUGGAGUGUUGAACGCCCGGGAGAGGACAGCAUUUAAUUAUAAUGAGAAGUUGAAGGAGAAGUUCGGACAUCAUCCUCAAGUGAGAAGGAUUUCCAGACAUCGUCAUGUACCGAAAAUGAUUUACCAUGCACAGAAAGAACUUAGACAGAUUGAAGAAUCCAAGAGGCGAAAGGAGGCUAAUAGAAGAGCACAUAGUAAACCUGGGGCUGUUCCAAAAUUAUCUGAGAAGGAGACAAAGGUUGUGGCAGAAAAAGAAUGAGACAAACUGUGCAGAUUUGAAAAAAAACCACUUAAUCAUCAUACUGUGGAAUCAAUGAUGCAUUUUUAUAGCUUUUAUUGCGAGAUGUUAAGAUCUUACGAAACAAAUAAUUUAAUCAUCUGGAAAAAAAAUCAACAACAAGAAAGGAGAGUGAUAAAAUAUUGUAAUGUCAAUUAAUAUGACACCAUUAACUUUUUAUUAAUUGAUAUUUACUGGCUGUACCAGGCUGGACCUGUAUAUCUGGUAAAUAUUUUUAAACUGAAUUUAAAAAAGAUCAGAAUAUUACAUAGCUACCCUUAUACUAAAUAAAUGAUCUAUGAAUGUAA